AUGGAUUGGUUCACCUCAUAUUUCCUGUCAGGAAAGAAUUUUGAGCAAUUGGCCCAAAAAUUUGUCCCUCACUACUCCACAUUGAUCAGCAAGGCAGUGGAGAUCCUCUCUCAGGAAAGCGUUGAACGUAUUCAAAGAGUCUUUCAGGAGGGGAAGCUAAAAGAGGUGGUUGAAGAGAUUCAGGAAGCACUUCAGAAAUCUGAGAAUGCUCCCUUGAAUGUGGCUGUGAUCGGGCAAUCUGGUUCUGGGAAGUCCAGUUUCAUCAAUGCCCUGCUAGGUCUUGGUCAUGAAGAGGAGGGGUCUGCUCAUGUUGGAGUUGUGCCAACUACCAUGAAGAAAACCCCCUAUCAAUAUCCAAAAUAUCCCAGUGUGACCUUCUGGGACCUGCCUGGAACUGGGACUCCCAAUUCCCUUCCAGAUCCUUAUCUAGAAAUUGUGGGAGAUGGUGACUAUGACUUUUUCAUCAUUAUUUCUUCCUCACGGUUCAGCUCAAAUGAUGCUCUCCUGGCCCAGAAAAUCAAGGAGAAGGGGAAGAAUUUCUACUUUGUUAGAACAAUGGUGGAUGUUGAAUUGCAUAGUGAAGAGAAAAGCAAACCCAUAUCCUUCAAAAAGGAGAGAGUCCUUCAGCAGAUCCGAGAUGACUACCUGGCUAUUCUCAGCAACAUCGGAGUAUCUAAUCCGUGUGUCUUCCUGGUCUCCAACUUUCACCCGGAUAAGUUUGAUUUCCCAAGACUGCAGGAGACACUGCUGCAGGAUCUCCCUGCUCAUAAGCGCUACACCUUUGUGCUCCAGUUGUCCAAUUUGUCUGAUGCUUUCAUUGAGGUGAAGAGAGUUAUCCUCAAAGAGAAGAUCUGGCUGAAUGCCCUGAAAUCAGCUGCUUUGGCCAUCAUCCCUUUCAUGGCCUUCUUCAGUGGCUUUGAUUUGCCUAAACAGGAGAAGUGCUUGAACCUUUAUCGAAGCUAUUUUGGUUUGGAUGAGCAGUCAGUAAAAGAGAUUGCCCAGAAGCUGGGCACAUCUGUGCAAGAGAUCAAGAGCUCCACAAAGUCCUUGGAUUUCUGGUUAUUUGUGAAGAAUGACAGUAUAGCAGCAAAGGCCAUGAAAUGUGCUGAAUCCUUUUGCUCAGUGAACGGAGGACUCCGAUCUUCUAUCUUUCAGUUUUUGAAAGUAUAUUUUCUACGUUUGAAAUUCAUCAAUACGGUGGCUGAUGAUGUUAAAAUGCUAUUGCAUAAGACUUUAGAGAGCUGA